AUGACUGAUAGAAUCUUCCGAAUUUUCAACCCUGGGGAGCCCAAGGAAAAUCCAGUAGAGAGGCGGAGAGCCCAAUUACGACGUGCUCAACAAUCCUACCGUGGCCGAAAGGAUAAGUACGCCAGGACGUUGGAAGAAGAGCUAGCCAAGUCCCGAUCCCGGGAAGCGGAACUUGCGCGAGAAUGCGAACAACUCCGUGCUGGUCUCCAAAAUGCGCUACAGCAACUGUCUCUAGGUCCCAAUUCCACCGAUACUGGGUUCAGAGAGAUCAACUACCCGAUCAAUGACUACGCUACUCCAUCUAGAACCACUGGGUCGUCAAGCGGCGCCUCGCCGAUGUACCUUGGUGACCCGGGCUACCAAUCGGUGGACAUUGUACCUUCUCCACAACUGAUAUCACCGUCUUCGUUCGGAGAUUUUUCUGACCCAUCCGAAGGCCAUGGCGCUCCUGUCUUGUUUAACCAAGGGUACUCAAGCCAUUCGCGCGUGGGUGAAGUGGAUCAGAUCAUUGCAGGCAUGGAGUUUGUUCUAAAAAUUGAAGAGCCUUGUCUGGGUCAUCUCCACGGCGAUGCCAAGAAGCCCGACGAGCCUGGUAACCAUGCCCUGACUGCGACGGCUCAGCUCAUGGCAGCCUGUGGCGAUACAUCACACACAAAUAACCCACGUCUCCCCUCAUCCCCCAGUUUUGGAAAUACUCCAUCGUCUAUGCUAGAGCGGCUUUUGACACUGGCGCCUGACCUAUCGAAUGAGGAUGAGAUGACGCCAAUCCAGGCCUGGAAUGAUAUUCGAUGUCGGCCAAACUUUGGUGGGUUUAGCACAAGCAGCUUGGGUAGUCUUGCGGCCAAGUUGAUGAAGGCUGCGAAAUGUCACGGUUUUGGUGCUGCGAUAAAGCGAUCUGUUUUCGAAGGUCUAGUCUACGAGACCCUUGUCACCGGACAAACCUUUUAG